AUGGAGCAGGACGAUCAGAUGCUGAUCAAACUAGUUGAAGAAGAUUGGCCGGAGGAUGACGAACAUCAAAACGACCCAGAAAUGGAAGUCUGUGAAAGUCAAAGCAACAAAAAGAGACGGAGAGAAGAACUGAAUGAGGCACUUGGAAAAGGGAGUGAACACCUGCCACCUAUACAUCCGGAUAAUGGCCCGUUUGGGAAGGAAGCCACACAAGAUGAGUUUCUUUACGAUGAUCGGUGGACCAAAGAGGUCGACAACCUGUUUAUAGACCUCCUUGUAGAGGCCCACUUUGGUCUUGAAUGGAGAAAUGACAGACCAGGGUCGAAUGUCUUCGCCUACUGCCGCGGUGUAUUGGUUAUAGAUCUCGGGGAAAACUUCACGGUGGCUGAAGUCGAGGAAAGGUUCGAUUUCCUUCACAAGCGUUUUUGA